AUGAGGACCUUCCAGAGCCAAAGUCAGCCUGCGCCCCGCGGAGCCUCCAGCAGCCUGCACAGCCUCAGCAGCACCGCCAUGAGUCCACUCAGCACGGCCAGCAUCACCCUCGCAGCCCUGCUCAUCCUCACCAUACCAGUGUGCAAAAGUGCUCCAGCAGAACUUCAGCAAGCCACAACAGAGCAGAGGCAGCUACUCAGCCAGAUAGACGCUGUGUGCUCAUCCUACCUCUCUGCAGACCUGAAGUUCUGGGCAUCUGAUGUCUUAGGGGAACUCUGUGUCUUGAUGCUGGUUCAGAAGUCAAAGGAGCUGAAAGUGCGAGAAAACAGUAAAAGGGCUGAACUGCAGGGACCUGGUGGAAUCCAGAGCAGAGGUUACUUCCUCUAUCGGCCACGAAAUGGAAGACGAUCCUUAGAAUAUGAGUAAAUUAAAGCUUAGCGUGUAGAGACGAGACCCGAGCCGCUGCCCCACGACUGAG